AUGUCUAGACAGAACGGUCAAACUACUGUGACUGAAGAAGAGACAAGGGAAGAAAAUGCACAUCUUCAUCUAAGGGCCAGACAAUCAAGACCAAGAGUAAGGUGGGAAGAAGGUACUGUUGAUAAUGAAUUCAUGGAUAAGAAGAAAUCAAAAAAAUUUGGUGAAUCUGAUGAAGAAUGUGAAUGUUCCUCUUCAUCUUCAUCAUCAUCCUCUUCAUCAUCAUCAGAAAGUGAAUCAGAUUCAAAAUCAAAUGAUGGAGAAAAUGGCAAGAAAAAGAAGAAAUUGUUGGAAAAAAAGAAGACACAGAAGUUACCAAGUCCCAACUCGUAUGAAGUUCAACCAGAUUAUACCAAGAAAAAAUCACAUAAUCAUGAUGAUCACAAACAUAAUCAUAACCAUAACCAUAACCACGAUAGCAAUGAAAAUGACGGUAAUGAUCAGCAUAAAGAAUCUUUUUAA